UCUAAUUUUCAAAGUCCAGUUGUUUAUUUGCUCUCUUUUCUUCGACUGCACAAUUUUUUUCUUUUUUGUGUGUGUGAGCUUACCCCCUUCUCUUCUCUUUUUUUUUCUUCAAUAAAAACCCCCCACUCCAAUAAUAAAAAAAAGUAUGUUGCGCGCCAUUAACAAGACAAGCGUAGCACGUAGAGCACCAACCCUUCUUAAGACUGGAGCUCGUGCUUUCACUGCAUCAACCAAUGUUAAAGAAGAAGUCGAAGUUUUUAUCGAUGGCAAGUCUGUCAUGAUUGAACAAGGUGCUGCCUUGAUCCAAGCUUGUGAAAAGGCUGGUGCUGAUAUUCCUCGUUUCUGUUAUCAUGAUCGUCUUUCAGUUGCUGGUAACUGUCGUAUGUGUCUCGUUGAAGUUGAACGUGCUCCUAAGCCCGUUGCUUCUUGUGCUUAUCCUGUCAUGCCUGGUAUGAAGGUGAAGACCAACAGUCCUUUGGUACACAAGGCCCGUGAAGGUGUCAUGGAAUUCUUGCUUUAUAACCAUCCUCUGGACUGUCCCAUUUGUGAUCAAGGUGGUGAAUGUGAUCUCCAAGAUCAAAGUAUGCGUUACGGUGCUGAUCGUGGACGUUUCUCUGAACCUAUGGGUAAGCGUUCUGUUGAAGACAAGGACUUUGGUCCUCUUAUCAACACUGAAAUGACCCGUUGUAUUCAAUGUACUCGUUGUGUUCGUUUCGCUAACGAAGUUGCUGGUGCCACUGAGCUCGGUACCAGUGGUAGAGGUAAUGACAUGCAAAUCACUACCUAUAUUGAAAAGACCAUUGACUCUGAAAUGUCUGGUAAUGUCAUUGAUCUCUGUCCUGUGGGUGCCUUGACUUCUAAGCCUUACAACAUGAAGGCCAGACCUUGGGAAUUGAAGAAGUACGAAACCAUUGAUGUUUCUGAUGCCAUUGGUUCCAACAUUCGUCUCGAUACCCGUGGUGUUGAAGUAAUGCGUAUUGUCCCUCGUUUGAACGAAGAAGUCAAUGAAGAAUGGAUCUCUGAUAAGACCCGUUUCUUCUAUGAUGGUCUUAAGGUCCAACGUCUUACUACCCCUUUGAUCCGUGACGGCGAUCGUUUUGUUCCUGCCACUUGGGAAAAGGCCUUGAAGCGUGUCGGUCAAGAAUUGAACAAUGUUCAAGGUAACUCUGCCAAGGCUAUUGCUGGUCACCUUGCUGAUGCUGAAUCCAUGGUUGCCCUUAAGGAUCUUCUUAACCGUGCUGGCUCUGACAACUUGACUAUUGAUGCUCCUAAUGGCUCUAAGCCUCUUGCCCUUAAUGCUGAUUUACGUUCCAACUACACUUUGAACACGACCAUUGCUGGUGCUGAAGAAGCUGAUGUUGUUCUCUUGAUCGGUACUAACCCUCGUCAUGAAGCUCCUAUCUUGAACACUCGUUUCCGUAAGGCUUUCCUUCACAACGGUCAAGACCUCGGUUUGAUCGGUCAAGCUGAUGACUUGAACUAUGAAUAUGCUCACAUUGGUGACAACUCCAAGGACAUUGAAAAGAUCUUGGAUGGUUCUCAUCCUUUCGCUAAGCGUCUCAGUGAAGCCAAGAAGCCCAUGAUUGUCGUUGGUUCUAGUGUGAUUGAAAACUCAAAGGACAGUGAAUACCUUCUUUCCAAGGUCUCUGAACUCUCUGAUAAGUUCAAGAACACUUUGUUCCAAGAUGGUUGGAACGGUGUCAACGUCUUACAACGUGCUGCCAGCAGAACUGCUGCUUACGAAGUUGGUUUUAUCCCUACUUCAUCUGAAGCUUCUUCUACACCCGUCAAGUUCAUCUAUCUCUUGAACGCUGAUGAAAUCACACCUGCUGACAUUCCUAAGGAUGCCUUUGUUGUCUACCAAGGUCACCACGGUGAUGUUGGUGCUCAAUAUGCCGAUGUUAUUCUCCCUGGUUCUGCUUUCACAGAAAAGAAUGCUACCUAUGUCAACACCGAAGGUCGUACACAAAUCACGCGUGCUGGUGUGAACCCUCCUGCUGCUGCUCGUGAAGAUUGGAAGAUCAUCCGUGCUUUGUCUGAAGUUGCUGGCCAUACUCUUCCUUAUGACGAUCUUCCCUCUAUCCGUUCUAGACUUUCUGAUAUCAGUCCAGCUCUCACUCGUUACGAUAUCAUUGAAACUCCCUCUAUCUCUCAAAUUGGUUUAGCUGCUCAACGCAAGCCCAAUGCACAAAGCUCUGGUGAAAUCAUGACUUCUGUCAUCAAGAACUUUUACCGUACUGACCCUAUCUCUCGUGCCUCUAGUACUAUGGCCAAGUGUACUAAGGCUUGGGUUGCCGGUAAAGAUGUCGAGUCUGAGCUCAAGGCUGCCACUGCUUAAUUCCAAUUUUUUUUUCUCUUUGAUAAAAUCAUCUUUAAAGAUAAAAAGCUCUUUAAAAGAGAGAUUGUAAACAAUAAUUACCAUGAUAUUAGAAACACCGGAAUAAAAAAAAGGAAUAAAAAAGAAAAUAAAUAGUAAUAUAAAACUUGUUGGCGUUUCCUUAA